AUGGUUGUCCUAUGGCUGGUGCUUCCAGCCGCACUAGGCUCCUCUCUUGGGGUCUUUGUCUGGGCUGUCUUUGAGCACUUCCUCACCACUGAUGUCCCCUCUGCUCUAUGACAUCCUGCCAAGUUCUGAUUUCUGCACUGCAUAUUUGUCUAUGAGGUCACUUUGGGGAAUGUAUUUGAGAAGAUAGGGGUUUGCUCCCUGCCCAGAUUUCUCCAGUUUUUGCAGAACAGCGUGAGAAUCAAGGAGGACCCUGCGCUUGUGGUAACCAACCUGCAUUUUGGGACCAUACCGGUCAGGCUGUUCCAGCCCAAGGCAGCCUCCCCCAACCCCCGGCGAGGCAUCAUUUUCUUUCACGGAGGAGGUGCCUUAAUGGGGAGCCUGGGCAGAGGUGGCCAGAGUCACUUCAAGGGAAGCAAGAACAGGAAGAGAGGCAGCUCCCGGGAGACUGACUCUGUGUUGCUGGCGGUUGGGUACCGCAAGCUUCCUGAUCACUGUUACUAUACCCUUUCCUGUGAUUGCCUGAACGCCUCCAUUCACUUCCUGAAGACCCUGGAAACAUAUGGGGUGGAUUCCUCCCAGGUUGUGCUCUGUGGAGACAGCCUUGGGGCAGGAAUAGUGGCCUUGAUCUCCCAGACCUUGGUGGGCAGGUUGGAUCUUCCUCAAAUCCGGGCCCAGGUCCUGAUUUAUCCCCUCCUGCAACUCAUCAAUUUUCAGCUGCCAUCCUUUCACCAGAACUCAUGCAUCCUUCUCACCCAGAAGUUAAUGAUAACUUCCGUGUUUAAAUACCUGCUUAUCGACUUCUCCUGGUGGGAUGCCAUCGUGAGUGGGGCUUUUAUUCCCCCUGAAGUCUGGAAGAAGUACCGGAAGUGGCUCAGUACUGACAACCUACCCAACAGGUUCAAGAAGACAGGCUGCCAACCUGUGUUUCCUGCCCCUUUUAAUGAGGCUGCCUAUCUAGAAAAUAAACACUUGUUGGAUGUGGAAUAUUCACUCCUUUUAAAGGAUGAUGGGAUCAUAGCCCAGCUUCCGGAGGCCUUCCUGGUGAGCUGUGAGAAUGAUAUCCUCCAUGAUGAUGCCUUGCUCUAUAGGAAGCGCUUGGAGGACCAGGGGGUCCCCGUGACGUGGUACCAUGUGGAGGAUGGCUUUCAUGGAUCACUGUUAUUUUUUGAUAAUAAGUCAUUCUCUUUCCCAUGCUCCCUGAAAAUUAUGAAUGCUGUAGUCUGUUAUAUAAAGAGCAUACUGUAA